AUGUCAGAAACCGAGCAUAGCGAGAGGUUGGGCGCGUGCAAAAAGAAAAUCGUCCACAAGAAGGAAAAAGCCCCCCCCGGUGAGUCUAGUGACAAGGGGGUGUUUCAGCCAGAUCACGGGGAUCCUCCCCCUGCUGUUAAACCAAAGGGAGGAGCUGGCUUCUACCCUGUGCAAGAGCUUGAAGCCUUAAAUCUUGACAGUUCUGAUGACUUUGACAGCUCAGAGGAUGAGGGUUUAGAUACUGAGGAGGAAGCAGAGCUGGAAGAGGAAGCUGCCAAGUAUGAGGAAGAAAGAUACCAUCCAGAUGACCAGAUACAUAACAACAAAACACCUCGGAGGCGGCUGGUUCAAACAGUCCCCUCACAAGUGGUUCCCUCGGCACCUCCGCCGUAUGAGACAUGCCCAAAGUCGUUUUGCUUUCUUCCAGAAAAGGUAAAAUGCAGAAUGCGCCUCCCUUUCCCUGUUUUCGAAGGCGUUGAUGCGACACAGCGGUUGCAUGCACCCAUAGAAUACAAUCAGAUAAAGGAGCUGGCCGAAUCAGUCAGAAAAUACGGAGUUACGGCCAAUUUUACUCUUGCACAACUAGAUAGAGUUGCCAUGAAUGCCCUAACGCCUUCUGAUUGGCAGAUGGUAGCGAAGGCAGCACUUGUCAGCAUGGGCCAAUAUAUGGAAUGGAAAGCACUUUGGCAUGAGGCUGCCCAAGAGCAGGCUAGAGGUAAUGCGACAGCCCUGACACCUGAACAACAGUUGUGGACAUUUGGCAUGCUUACAGGCCAGGGUCAUUUUGCGGCUAAUCAGACCAAUUAUCAUUGGGGUGCUUACCCACAGAUUGCCAGCACGGCUAUUAGGGCCUGGAAGGCACUCUCCAGGAAAAGAGGGGCAGACAACCAACUCACAAAGAUGAUUCAAGGGACUCAGGAGCCUUUCUCUGACUUUGUGGCAAGAAUGACAGAGGCAGCAGGGCGAAUCUUUGGUGAUCCCGAGCAGGCUGCACCUCUUGUUGAGCAACUUAUUUUUGAACAGGCCACCCGGGAAUGUCGUGCAGCUAUAGCCCUGAGAAAGAACAAAGGAUUACAGGAUUGGUUUAGGGUCUGUAGAGAACUCGGGGGACCCCUCACUAAUGCGGGGUUAGCUGCGGCAAUUCUACAGUCUCAAAAGCGCCCCCUUAAGGGGCCAGAUAAAAGAACCUGUUUUAAAUGCAGAAAGGCAGGGCAUCUAAGAAAAGAUUGUAGGAUGCCUGACAGGGAAAGAGAGCCACCAACACUUUGCACUCGUUAGCAAGGAUACCAUAAGACUGCCCAGUGCCACUUGGUACGGGAUAUAAAGGGAAGGGUUCUCCUCCCCAUAGAAGCACCAACAAAUGAGGUUCCAAAAAAUGGGGCAUCGGGCCCACGGUUCCAGGGCCCGCCAAAAUAUGGGAACAGAGUCAACAGGAUGAUAAACGAGACCCCUCAGGAGUCGGAACAAGAAUGGACUUGUGUGCCGCCUCCGACUUCCUAUUAA